AUGCACCUCAGGCUCCCCUUCCUUUUACUCCUUGCAUUAUGCUCCCGAGUGCUUAGUGCGAUAUACGAAAGGCUCGAGGAUCUUCCUACUCUUAAUUUUGAUUAUAUUAUUGUCGGAGGUGGGACGGCCGGAAACGUCAUCGCAAACCGUCUCACAGAGGACCCGGACGUUUCUGCUCUUGUUCUCGAGGCGGGUGAAUCUACAGCCGAUGUUCUCCUCUCCCAAGUACCUUUCUUUUUUCCUCGUAUAGUGCCAGGAACAGUUUGGGACUGGAACUUCACCACGACUGAGCAACCGGGGUUGAACGGACUCUCUGUUCCGCUUCCCCGAGGGUUUGGACUGGGAGGAUGUAGUGCUGUCAAUGCUAUGUUCUAUACCCGCGGUUCCUCACAAGAUUACGACCGUUAUGCACAAAUCAGUGGUGACCCUGGAUGGGGAUGGGAUGCUUUGCAACCAUACUUUCGAAAGAAUGAGCGCUUCGUUGCCCCAGCUGACCACCACAAUACGACCGGUCAGUUCAACCCUGUGGUCCACGGCUUCGACGGAAUCACAGACGUGUCUCUUCCUGGAUACCCGCGCGCUACGGACAGCCUUAUCAUCCAGGCGACAUCGGAGCUGCCCGACGAUUUCCCGUUUAACUUGGAUUAUAAUUCCGGGUACCAGUUGGGCAUUGGAUGGACACCCAUGACGGUCGGAAAUGGGACUCGAAGCAGCUCCCAAACGUCAUAUCUCGGGCCUGUAUACAUUGGCCGACCGAACCUGCAUGUCCUGGUUCACACUCGUGUUACCCGGAUUCUCCAGUCAGAUACUAAGGAUAUCAGCAGGCCGCCAACGUUUAACGCCGUCGAGUUAACCCAGGAUGCUGGGGUAACCACGCAUACCCUCGCACCUACAAACCUCAAGGAAAUCGUUCUUUCCGCUGGAUCCAUUGGCACCCCCAAUAUACUCCUUCACUCCGGUAUCGGCGACACAAAAGAACUUACAGCAUUGCACAUCACACCGACUCUCCACCUCCCCGACGUGGGCAAAAACUUUACAGACCACCCCAUCUGGAGCAUGCUUUUCAUCGUCAACAACACCGACACGAUAGAGAAUAUCUAUUUCAGAAACGUCACGUUCCAAGCAGACGCCCUGGCGGAAUGGGAAGCGAAUCGCACUGGGUUUUUAACGGCAGGAGCAGCCAAUCAGCUAGGAUUCCUUCGGAUUCCCGACGAUGCGGGGGUUGUGGAAGGAGAACCGUGUGCUGGAAAUGAGACAGCGCAUUAUGAAUUUAUUCUGUCGAACGGUGUCUUCCGAGAUCCUAUCCCCCCAACAGGGAACUUCUUUUCAGUCAGGCCAGCGGUUAUGUGUCCUCUAUCGCGCGGGAACGUCACUAUCAACAGCACGAACCCCCUGGACCCACCACUGAUUAACCCCAACUUCCUCUCCCAUCCGCAAGACCUCGCCAUUAUGCAAUACGCCAUCGCGAGUGCGCAGAAAUUCGUCACCGCCGCCCCCGUGUGGGAUGGGUACAUCCUCGGGCUCGUGACGAACACCACCGAAGACGAUAUCAGGAACGGCACAGCCAGUCUAUUCCACCCCGUAGGGUCGGCAAGCAUGUCCCCCGUGAAUGCGGACUGGGGAGUGGUGGACCCUGAUCUGGUGUUGAAGGGCGCAAAGGGCGUGAGGAUCGUCGAUGCGUCGGUUUUGCCAUUUUUGCCUGCCGCGCAUACUCAGGUGCCGGUAUAUGUGUUUGCAGAAAGAGCUGCAGAUUUAAUCAAAGCAGCCAGAUGA